AGACAAUUAGUCCUUGAAAAGUGGAACAUUUCCAUUCGUCUGGAGAUUGGCGUGGCCUUGAACAACCCCCCAGCCCCCCAGGUCCCCUCUCCCACUCCCGCAAUCAGGACCCAGCAGCGUUAUCGUCUUCGUUAGUUACUCAGUGAUAGAUUGAUUCUCGAUUCUGGGCAUCUGGGUAUAACCAAAGUGCUGAAAUUGCUUCUAUUUUGAGUCGCAGUUUCGUGGGCAAUCCACGGGGUGCCCCUGUUUUCUUUGGGUUAGCGAUAGCAUAGCCACUGGGUUUAAGGGUCGGUACUCGUUGCACAGGAAGAAGGUCCAUUCUUAUUGCAUUUCUGGUUUGGGACAUGUGAGAAGUCAAUUGGUUAUCCUUUAGAGGAAGCUAUUAGACCAACUGGUUCUCCAACCGUUCGUGGGGAUAUGUUUAAUAGCUUGGUUCGUUGUAGGGUUCUAUCACAUUAGGGUGUCAUAUUGACUGGUAAUAUAUAAAAACAGGAAGAGGCUUCCAUGGCUGAUGCCAGUCCCAGGACUGAUAUCUCAACUGAUGGGGACACAGAUGAAAAGAACCAGCGGUCUGAUAGAGGCCAAGCUCUUAUUAUGGCUUCUGAUUCGAGUGACAGAUCAAAGGAUAAAACUGACCAAAAGACUCUUCGCAGACUAGCACAAAAUCGUGAGGCUGCUAGGAAAAGCCGAUUGAGGAAAAAAGCAUAUGUUCAACAACUAGAGAGCAGUCGUUUAAAGUUGACACAACUAGAGCAAGAGCUUCAGCGUGCUCGACAGCAGGGAAUUUUCAUAUCAAGCUCAGGUGACCAGACGCAUUCAAUGAGUGGAAAUGCAGGGGCCAUGGCAUUUGAUGCGGAAUAUGCUCGAUGGCUUGAAGAUAAAAACCGUCAAAUCAACGAACUGAGAUCAGCUGUUAAUUCUCAUGCAAGUGACCCCGAACUGCGUAUUAUCGUUGAUGGCAUCUUGGUUCACUAUGAUGAGCUUUUCAGGUUCAAGGGCAAUGCGGCAAAGGCUGAUGUUUUCCAUUUAUUAUCAGGCAUGUGGAAAACACCUGCAGAAAGAUGUUUUCUCUGGCUCGGGGGUUUUCGUUCAUCCGAGCUCCUAAAGCUUCUUGUAAGUCAAUUAGAGCCUCUAACAGAGCAGCAAUUGGUGGGAAUCACAAACUUGCAGCAAUCAUCACAGCAGGCAGAAGAUGCAUUAUCACAAGGGAUGGAGGCAUUGCAACAGUCCCUGGCAGAGACGUUAUUGAGCGGAUCUCUCGGUUCCUCGGGUUCAUCGGGGAAUGUUGCAAACUACAUGGGUCAAAUGGCCAUGGCCAUGGGUAAACUCGGGACCCUCGAAGGUUUUAUACGCCAAGCCGACAAUCUGCGACAACAGACGCUCCAACAAAUGCAUCGAAUAUUGACAACUCGUCAGUCUGCUCGUGCGCUCCUCGCCAUACACGACUACUUCUCCCGGCUACGAGCUCUUAGUUCGCUCUGGCUUGCUCGUCCAAGAGAGUAAGAGGAGCUUCUCGGUUUCCUUUUAACCAAAGUGAUAGUUCAUGGCGACAGUGCAGAGACAUCAGAAGAGCUCUGAAGGUAACAUCUUUUUGUAUCAUUCAUUGGCAAUGCCUUUCUUCUUGGAAUUCAGAUCUUUCACAGAAUAAUUUGUGUGUCAUUUGGUAUUUUAGGUGUUGUUCUUGUUACAUCUGUAUAAAUAUUGACACAAAGUGUUAACUCAUCCUCCAUUAUUUCUUGGUAAAUUAAUAAUAAUCCUAUUAAAAACAACGAA